AUGGUGUCGUACACUUUCUUUGCACUUGCCAUCGCUUCCUGCUUGGCCCCUGCUCUGGCAGCGAAAAAGGCCACGAUUUUUUCACAAGAGCCUUGCACAGGAGAAUCAGCCAAGAUCAAGCCUAACAACGAAUGCACUGUUGUGCCGGAGACAUUAAAGGGCAAAGUGACCGCUGUCAAGGUUCCCGAAGAUGUAGUGUGCAACUUCUACAAGUGA